GUUGGGCGCGGCGCCGUUGCUCCGCCCCUUGCAGGCUCCUCCCCCUCCGCGCGCCGGCGUCCGCUGCGUCUCCGGCAUUUGAAUCGCGCUUCCGCCAUCUUUCCAGCUUCAGUCGGACAGGCGCGGAGACUCUUCUGGAAGGAUCGCCGCGAUGGCCGCCCAGGGAGAGCCGCAGGUCCAGUUCAAGCUCGUCCUGGUGGGCGACGGCGGCACCGGGAAGACGACGUUCGUGAAGCGCCACUUGACGGGCGAGUUCGAGAAGAAGUAUGUAGCCACCCUGGGCGUGGAGGUGCACCCGCUCGUCUUCCAUACCAACAGAGGACCCAUCAAGUUCAACGUGUGGGACACAGCCGGCCAGGAGAAGUUCGGGGGCCUGCGCGAUGGCUACUACAUCCAAGCCCAGUGUGCCAUUAUAAUGUUUGAUGUAACAUCAAGAGUUACUUACAAGAACGUACCCAACUGGCAUAGAGAUCUGGUACGAGUGUGUGAAAACAUCCCCAUUGUAUUGUGUGGCAACAAGGUGGAUAUUAAGGACAGGAAAGUGAAAGCAAAAUCUAUUGUUUUCCACCGAAAGAAGAAUCUCCAGUACUAUGACAUUUCUGCCAAAAGUAACUACAACUUUGAAAAGCCUUUCCUCUGGCUUGCCAGAAAGCUCAUUGGAGAUCCUAACUUGGAGUUUGUUGCCAUGCCCGCUCUUGCCCCACCUGAGGUGGUCAUGGACCCAGCUUUGGCAGCACAGUAUGAACAUGAUUUAGAGGUAUUGUUCUUUAAAAUGAUUUUUCUUGUGUGUGUGUGUAUGUGCACUUUGCCUAGUGUCUUCAGAAGCUGGCAGUGUUCUUAACUGCUGAGCCAUCUUCAUUUGUCCUAACAGUUAGUGCUUGUGCCUGACAGGUCAUGGUGGUUCUGAUCUGGACUGUUUCCUUGUUUCAUGCUCCAGGUUGCUCAGACGACUGCCCUCCCGGAUGAGGAUGAUGACCUGUGAGAAAGUGAAGCUGGAGCCCUGCGUCAGAAGUCUAGUUUUAUAGGCAACUGUCCUGUGAUGUCAGCGGUGCAGCGUGUGUGCCACCUUAUUUAGCUAACAGAUCGUGUACUUCAUUGGGAUGCUGAAGGAGAUGAAUGGGCUUCGGAGUGAAUGUGGCAGUUAAAACAUACUUUCAUUUUUUUUGGACUUGCAUAUUUAGCUGUUUGGAACAGAGUUGUUUCCUUCCUGAAUUUCAAAGAUAAGACUGCUACAGUCGCAUCACAAUACUCAGUGGUGAAACCUUGUUUGUUACUGUCAUUCCCAUUCUUUUCGUUUAGAAUCAGAAUAAAGUUGUAUUUCAAAUAAUCUAAAAAAGUGAAUCAUCCCUUAUAAGCAUAUUAAAGCCACUAACAUAGGGGAGCUUGUGUCAUAUUAAUAGUUAAAUGCUUUUGCUUAUUCGAUUUUCUUGUGCCUACUUUUGCAAACAUUUGGAUUGAGUCAUGACCUAACCGUCUCUGUACAGGUGUAAAUACUGUGAUUUCCACUAGGAUAUCUGCCCCACCUGCAUUUUGCUGGGUAAUUUGACCUACGAGAAGAGCUUGUUUAAAAAGAUUUCAGUAUGUCCGCAUUGUAUGUUUAAGGGUUGUAGUUGACUGUGUAACCUUCAGAAGUCAGAACUGUUAUUGGAAUAGAAGCUUGAGGGUUUUCUGAGAGUACGUUUUGUUUCCAUAUUGGUUUCCAUGUCUAAUGUUGAUUCUUUAAGAUGUUAUCUGCUUUCAAGUGGUGGCUCAUGCCUUGAGUAAUGGUCUCAGGAGGCAGGGGCAAGAAGAUGCCUACCUAGUGUACCUAGUGUUCAGAGGAAGUUCCAGUUUAGCUAGGACUGAGAUGUGUCUCCAAAAAAAAAAAUUUCAUGGUAGGCUUUGUUACAGUAUUAACAGCAUCUGAUGAUUCUCCCCCCAGGGUUUUUUAGGCAGUGCAAGAAAGGAAAUGCUAGAAUAGGCUGGAGUACUACCACUAUCAGUUGAAACUUUAUCUUAGGUUUGUCAUCCCAUCAGAACUACCUUGUACUCAGAUGUAAACAGGCGAUUCUGUUGGUCAAGUCUACCAAAGUUCUUUAGAUCGUUACUUGCUUUUUUUUUUUUCUCCAAAGAAGGUAGAGUCAUUUAAAUAAAAGGAGGAUGAAAGGAAGCUGUUCUGUGCACUAGCCUUAAUAGACUGAUUUCAAAACUCAAUUUGAUGUGUAUGCUAUGCUACAAUCAGGUGAAGAUCCCCUCCCCUGACCAGGAUGAAACCUCAUUUAGAUCUCUUGAAUUAAUACAAUGUGUGUAAACCUGGUAUAGAAUGUAGAACCUUACCACUUACUGAGUUUUGUAACAGUUAAAUUUGGGAGCUGCUUACGUGUGUUUAGCCAGAGUGCAGAGGAUUUACAUUUAUUGAACUGUUAAAUAUAUCACUUCUGCUUUGCCUCA